UGCAACUUUCUCCCUCCAUUUCGACUUCUUAUCCCUCCCAGAUCGCAAUGUCUCGUAAUCGUGUGAAGAACAUUGCAUACGAUGGCGACGACGAUUAUUACGAUGACGACGAAUACGGCGAGGAUGGAGAACUGUCCCCCGAGGAUCGCGAGCAGAUGAGGCUCCGAACUGCGGAGGUUCAGCAGCUAUUACUCUCUGAGCUGCCACCGAUUCAGGCCAAGGAAGAAGAAAUAUGGGAGUCGCUAUGGCAUUAUUAUUACGACGUGGAUAAAACGGUUGCGUACUUGAGAAAGAAAUACCGACCGCAGACGCCAAAGAAGACACCAAAGCAACAGACGACAGGUGCCACGGCCUCAGCGGUGCAAGCAAAGUCAAAAGGAAAAGUUUCGCCUUACCCGCUUCCAUUCUAUGGCGCUCAGUGCCCGACCCGGUUUUCGGCUCGUGACUUCUUUAAAGAUUCUCCGUGGUUGAACAUUCCCAGUCAUCGAAAGGCAGAGAUAUUGGUUGAGCCACUCUAUCCUCGACUUGGCUUACUAGGCGGAGCACCGGAAGGUUCUGGGAAGAUGUCGAAGCUCGCCGCGCUUGCUGCUGCGCGAAAGAAGAAGGAAAGCGAAAGGAAUAAGGCCGAAAAAGAGACUACGGAUGCGGAGCCUUCCCCUUCUCUGUCGUCUCCUAAAACUCAGCCCAGAACUUCGAUUUCACUACUAGAUAGGUUAGCAAGUAAUGGCAGACACAAGGCUAGCCCGGAAUCCCGGCUUUCCAGGUUUCCUCUUCGAAAACCGGUUCGAGGCCCUAGUCCUGGUCCUCAAAAGAAGCCGUCGCUGGAAAUUCGUGAGCCUAUGGAAUCGGACCAGAAACCGAAGUUUCCUGUGAAGGCUCCCGGCCCGAGCCCUAAAGGGGAUUCGGUGCCUUUAACGGAAGAUCUUCUUGCUCGGCCUUCUUCCUUCGCGACAGUAAUAGUUGGAAGCCGAAGCGGCCAAGGAUCGUCUUAUUGUUCAUGGCGGGGAUUUGAUAUGCUCAAACUAUACGGGCAGGGUUUUACUGAAUGUUUUAAUUUUGCAGAACCGAGUCCCGAUGACGUUGUAUUCAAUGCGCAAAAUGCGGCUAAAGCAAAUAAGGCAAAACAAGCGAAAGCCCAGUCGUCGGCUAAGGCGACAUCCGCUCUAGCGGACAAUGUUAAACAACUUUCGGUACAAGAAUCCGUUAAACCCAAGAGCAAACAGCUAGAUGUCCUAGAAGAGCAUCGUAAAACCAAAAGGAAGAAAGCGGCUAAUUUCGUUGUCAUUGGGCAUGUUGAUGCUGGAAAGAGCACGCUUAUGGGAAGGCUGUUAUACGACUUGAAGGCUAUUGACCAGCGUACAGUGGAUAAAUAUAAGCGAGAAGCCGAUAAAAUUGGAAAAGGGUCCUUUCACCUCGCUUGGGUUCUCGAUCAGGGAUCAGAAGAACGUGCCCGUGGGGUGACGAUCGAUAUUGCGACGAACAGGUUUGAAACCGAUUCUACGAGUUUCACGAUACUGGAUGCGCCUGGACACCGCGACUUUGUACCCAACAUGAUCGCUGGAGCUAGCCAGGCCGAUUUCGCAGUUCUUGUGAUCGAUGCGAGCACGGGGAAUUUUGAAUCUGGCUUGAAAGGCCAAACAAAAGAACACGCUUUGCUAGUUCGAAGCAUGGGAGUUCAGAAAAUGGUGGUUGCGGUGAACAAGAUGGAUUCAGUGCACUGGUCGAAGGAGCGAUUUGAUGAAAUCGAGCAGCAAAUAUCUUCAUUCUUGACUACCGCUGGAUUUCAGCCGAAAAACAUAUCUUUCGUCCCAUGCUCCGGCCUUCGCGGAGAGAAUAUCAUUUCGCGGACGAAAGAUAAAAAUGCUGCUUGGUAUUCGGGAAGGACACUGAUUGAAGAGCUGGAAACUGCAGAACCUUACGCAUAUGCCAUUGAAAAGCCUCUACGAAUGACAAUCGCCGAUGUCUUCAAGGGAGGAGCGCAGAAUCAACUCUCUAUCUCGGGGCGCAUUGAUGCUGGGAGUUUGCAGGUUGGAGAUCGAGUCUUGAGCAUGCCGAGCGGAGAGGCGGCGACGAUCAAAAGCCUUGAAAUCGACCAAGAGCCUAAAGAUUGGGCAGUGGCAGGGAACAACGUUGUGCUCCACCUCGUGGAUAUCGAUCCUAUGCAUCUCAAGACCGGUGACGUCAUCUGCAGCCCGUCCUCUCCUGUGCAGAAUAUCAGCUCGUUUACGGCGAAGGUGCUAGCCUUUGACCAUCUAACUCCGAUGCACGUUGAGCUUCAUCGUGGGCGUCUGCAUGUUCCGGGCCGCAUCUCACGCCUCGUUGCGACAUUAGACAAGGCGUCGGGGACGCCGGUAAAAAAGAAGCCAAAGAUUGUGGCGCCGGGCAUGGUUGCGCGGAUCGUCGUUGACAUCGACCAACCGAUACCUUUGGAGGCGCCAGCGCGAGUGGUGCUGAGGGCAAGCGGGGAGACUGUGGCUGCAGGAUUAUUGGAAUGAACGGAACACGAUCGACGGGAUGGAAUUUGGGAUUGCAUUUGACAGGAUCAUACUGGGUAGAUGGAUCGGGAAAUUUCAGCACCUCGAUAUUUCCAAUGAUUACAUGUUUAUGGCCACGUGACAAUGUUGCAUCGAAUGGAGCUUGCAUUUCCUGUUGAUAGAGCCACAGCGUUCUCGCAGUUUCUUUUUGCAUAGCUACGCAAAGUAUUAAGUGUGGGUGACGAUGUUUGCAUUUGUUCUUCCUUAUGGUGGUCCGCAGAAAAUUCAUGAUGACUCCGAGCUGGGCGUACACACUCCAGAUGGAGCAUAGUUAUACGUGAAGAUUCGAUCCGACUGCGAUUUUUCUCAGAAACUCGCCAAGAUGAGGCGGGAAGCCUGUGAUGACCACUUUUUAGCUUUACAGGCACGGAGUAGUUGAAUCAGGGCUUGGAAGCCAUGGCGCCUGCUAGGUCCCAAGGUACGUCUAGAAAUCCUCGGAUGGGAGUCGAGCAUGCGGGCACAAUCUAUCAGGCACGAGUAAGGCAUUGAAAAGGCGGGUGAACUGUGUAAGGUUUUCUAGGAGUUUUCUUUAUGCAGGACAC